ACAAAGACAGAUAGCGUUUACUGCCUAACCGACAUAAUCUAUGCGUUAAACAUUUCCCCAGCCAGUUGAUGGGUUUCCAUUUCACUUUAUUUCACUGACAACGGUCCACCAGAGCGGUCAUGAAGCCAGGAAUCGUCUGUUCGGAUGCCAACGGUCGCCAGGAUGCGGCAGGAUUGGCUGGGGAGGAAGUGCGUCGGCGCAGGGUGGCAGUAGUGGGUGCCGGUUUGGUUGGGUCUCUGGCCGCAUUGAAUUUCGCCCGGAGGGGCAACCAUGUGGACCUGUACGAGUACCGCGAAGACAUCCGCCACGCCCUUGUGGUCACCGGUCGGAGCAUCAACCUGGCCCUGUCCCAGCGCGGGCGGAAGGCCCUGGCAGCCGUGGGACUGGAGCAGAAGAUCCUGGCCACCGCCAUACCGAUGCGGGGAAGGAUGCUGCACGACACCAAGGGUAAUACCCGGGUGGUGAUCUAUGAUCCCUGCACCCAGCAGUGCCUGUAUUCCGUGGGUCGGAGGCAACUGAACGAGGUCCUUUUGGAUGCCUGUGAUGAGCUGCCGAACAUCACCUGCCACUUCAACCACAAGCUGGCCACCGUCAACCUGAGGGAGGGAUCGCUGGAGUUCCGGAAUCCCCAGCCAGGCGGCGAGGCCAUCACGACCAGUGCCGAUCUCAUCGUGGGCUGUGACGGAGCCUUCAGCAGUGUCCGCCAGCAGUUGGUCCGCUUGCCGGGAUUCAACUACUCCCAAAUCUACAUUGAAACCGGGUACCUGGAGCUGUGUAUUCCCGCCGAGGCGGGAGACUUCCAGAUGCCACCCAAUUACCUGCACAUUUGGCCGCGCGACUCCUUCAUGAUGAUAGCCCUGCCGAACCAGGACAGAUCCUUCACGGUCACCCUAUCCAUGCCCUUCGACAUGUUCUCCAAAAUCCAAACCAAAAGCCAGCUCCUGGACUUCUUCCGAGAGAACUUCGGCGACGCCCUGCCCCUCAUCGGGGAGGAGCAGUUGGUGAAGGACUUCUUCAAGACGAAACCCCAGCACCUGGUGUCCAUCAAAUGCCGUCCAUAUCACUACGAGGACAAGGCCCUCAUCCUGGGCGAUGCCGCACACGCCAUGGUGCCCUACUAUGGCCAGGGAAUGAAUGCUGGAAUGGAGGAUGUGACUCUGCUCACCGAGAUCCUGGACAGGCAGCUGCCGCUGGACGAGACUCUGGCCCAGUUCACCGAGAAGCGAUGGCAGGAUGCCUUUGCCAUCUGCGACCUGGCCAUGUACAACUACGUCGAGAUGAGGGAUCUAACCAAGCGUUGGUCUUUCCGCCUCCGGAAGUUCGUGGAUACGGUGCUGUUCCGGUUCUUCCCCGCCUGGAUUCCGCUCUACAACAGCGUGUCCUUUUCCAGCAUGCCGUACAGUGAGUGCAUCGCCAACCGGAAGUGGCAGGAUCAGUUCCUAAUGCGUGUUUCCGCCGCCAGUAUUCUAGCCAUGAUUGUAACUGGCGGUGCUUUAUAUGUUCAGGGUCGUUCCUAACCCAGGACAUGGUUAUUUUCGCAAAUAAUCAGUGGGGCAGUGGAGGACAAUCUUAUCGAUUCAUGUAAAUUUUGCAUAUUUUUUCAACAAAAUGCCCAUAAUUGUAUGCUUUAAAUAAUCCAUUUUUGUAUAAUCUCUUAAGUGGGAAAAAGUAAAAAAAAUAAAGUUGUCAUUUUUAUUAAAA